AUGAGGGAAUAACAAAAUUUGGUAAAUCCUUAGAGCAAUGUAAAAAUCUCUUAAGUUUAAAUGCUAAUCUAGUUUACCAUGCAGGAAAGAAAACUCCUUAAAUAAUUACUGUUAAAAUCAAAGUCUUUGAUAGAAUGUUUAGUAGUUAAUGCGAUUCCAAUGUGA